AACGCGGCGCCGUGCCCAUUGUUUAACAUUUGUCUCCUGACCGGGCAUUCAUCCCAUCCCAUCGCCAUGGAAGUCUUUGUGCUGUCACUUCUGGUUGCCGCAGCCCAGGCUGCACCAUCCCUUAACAGCAAUGGCGUGGGUCUUGAACCAAUAAUGAAACGGAUGCCUGUUUUGGACGACGCGCCCGUGUACCCGACCAGCAGGAUCGUGAACGGCCGGCCGGCCUCCAGGGGACAGCUGCCCUACCAGGCGGCCUUGUUCCUGGACGGGCGGAACUUCUGCGGAGGGUCGCUCAUCUCGCCGUCCUGGAUCCUCACGGCCGCGCACUGCACCGUCGACGUGGAGCUGGUGACGGCCUACCUGGGCGUGGUCCGCCUGCACGAGGACCAGGACAGCCGGGCGGUGCUGGAGACCCGGCAGGUCGUCAACCACGCCGCCUACAACCCGACCAACCUCAACAACGACGUGGCGCUCGUGCACCUGCCCCGACACGCGCCUCUCUCCCAUGAAAUCUCAGUGGUGAAUCUGCCAUCUUACUCCCAAGCAGUCGAGACAUUCGUCAACCAGCCUGUAAGAGCCAGCGGUUGGGGUAGGACUUCAGACACGGCCGCCGGCGUGAGCCCGCACCUGAACUACAUAGACGUGAGCGUGAUCUCCAACGCUGCGUGCGCGCGCACCUACGGCACGAGCGUGGUGGUGCCAGCCACGCUCUGCGCGAGCGCCGCCGGCGGACAGAGCACCUGCAGCGGCGACAGCGGCGGACCGCUGGUGACCCUCGCCGCCAGCCCCACCCUGGUGGGCGUGGUGAGCUUCGUGUCGCAAGCAGGCUGCGCCAGCGGCAACCCUUCCGGCUACAUGAGGGUCACGGCCUUCCUGGACUGGAUCCACGCCGUCUCCGGGCUGCACAUCCGCGCCUGAAGGGGCCGGACCGCUCCGAGCUCCCGGACUGCCUAGCGAACCUUGGGCGACCCCACCUCUCUCUCUCUCUCUCUCUCUCUCUCUCUCUCUCUCUCUCUCUCUCUCGGCUCUCAUUCACGUGUUCCUUCACGAAUAAUCAUCAGGGACCUGAAAAAUUCGCGGUUUCGAGGACCUCCAGGAUAGUGCACACCAGUGGUGCCCAAACUUUUUCAGAUGGCGACCCACCUUUCCUCAUAGGAAUACCUCAACGGUCUAUCGGUCCAUGGUGGAGUAAAGAACCUUAUUUCUAUCGUAUCCCUUCCUUAUGUAUACAUAAUUACCAUUAAAUAUUGUAAAUGUAUGCAUAUUUUUUUAGAUAACGAUUGAUUAUUGAUAAACAAUUUGUGUUCUGAUAUGAAAAUGGUUGACAAAAUAUAAGCACUUUGUAGGAAAAAAAAGUUUUUUUAAUUUAAAAAUAGAAAUGUGUUUGCACGCAAAUCGACUUGUUUCGAUUUUUCUUAUCUUUUCUGAUGGUUUAUUCAAUGGUUUCUGAUAGUUUUAGGAUCGAGUCGCGACCCACCUGUAACCAUUCCGCGACCCACCAGUGGGUCGCGACCCACCGUUUGGGAACCGCUGGUGUACACAGUCCUCUGUACACUCUGUGCAAAUAACGGCCAGUUCGUUGUUGGCUGCUGACUUGUGAGUCGUCUCAACUGGUUUAAGCCCGUGAUUUGUCACUUCUUUGGUUGAGGGUUUCUCAUCGGCCCAGAGUCGCCCAGACGAACAGUGAGCCGAUAGCAAAAGCACCUUAAAGGUAUAUGUAUAUGUAUGUGAAUUUCAGACUAUCACGAAAUGAAUCUGCGAAUUUUUUCCGGUCUCUAAUAAUUAUUUAUCUGUAAUUUUCUUUUCUCUUAAAAAAAAAAACAUUAGAAACAUGCAUGUGAACAUAUGCCGUGUGAUUUUUAAAUCGGUGUCCCCAUUCUUCCCCUCCCCUCCCUCUUUUCAUUUUUAAAAAUAUUUGGAUUUGCCUCUGUGCCCGAUAGUUUUCCUUCAGUCAUCUAAAUAAAUUCAUGAGCUAUAUAUAUAUAUAUAUAUAUAUAUAUAUAUAUAUAUAUAUAUAUAUAUAUAUAUAUAUAUGGGUAGGCUGUAUUUUUACUACAGCCGCCAAGGGUUUGCUUCAUGAAGUUCCAUCUCGCUGAACGGGAAUGUUGUGUAUGAAAUAAAUAAAAUAAUUGAACCAAA